UAGAUCCUAUAUAUAGUGGGAAUAGGGUUCUUUUACUUGGAAGGAACGCAAGGUUAGCUACCCAACCGUUAUUUUCUCCGUCUCAUCCGAUCUAUUUGCUACUACAUCUCUACUGUUGCUCUCACUGUGCUUCUUCAUGUGUUGUUUCUUUCUUUUAUCAGCAGUUGAAAACAUGUCAGAUGAACUGGAGUACCGCUGUUUCAUUGGUGGCCUCGCGUGGUCAACAUCUGAUAGAGGUUUAAAAGAUGCCUUUGCGAAGUUUGGACACCUUGUAGAGGCAAAGGUUGCUGUUGACAAGUUCUCGGGACGUUCUCGUGGAUUUGGUUUUGUCACUUUCGACGAGAAGACAGCAAUGGAAGAAGCAAUUGAAGCAAUGAAUGGAAUGGAUUUAGAUGGGCGUAGUAUUACUGUUGAGAAAGCUCAGCCUUCUGGUAGGGACCGUGACAGUGAUCGCCCCCGUGACCGCGACCGUGGUCGUGACCGUGAUGGUGGUAGUCGGGGAUUCGGUGGUGGCGGUGAAUGCUUUAAAUGUGGAAAGCCAGGACAUUUUGCCAGGGAAUGUCCUGGUGAAGGGGGCAGAGGGGGUGAUAGGUAUGGUGGCAGGGAUGAUAGGUAUGGCGGUGGUGGCGGAGGUCGUUAUGGUCCUGAUAGAAAUGGAGACCGAUCUGGGGGACGUAACAGGGAUUCCGGUGGCUAUGGUGGAGGCGAUCGUUAUAAUCGUGACCGUUCUGGACCCUAUGACCGCAGGGGUUCCGGAGGUUUCCGAUCCAGCUGAAGAAAUUGGUGGCAGUGCUACUGGAUGUGAAGCGGUGGGAAGCUCCUUUUCAAAUGAUACAUUUUCUCAAUGUUGGGCAAGUGGAACAAUGUAGUUGAAUCUAUCUUUCCAAAGUGUGGAUCUUGGCACCCCAAAACCUUCUAUGUACCUAAAAUGUUCGACUUGGUCUGAUGGAUCUUAUGAUUGGUUGACAUGUUCGAAUCUGGUUUUGUGUUGUGAUUGCCAUUAUUGCUGCUGGAUAUCUACUUUCUUGAUUGGUCGGUCA